AUGGGUUCCCUGCUGUCCGAGCCGCUUACCGAAAAGACGUCUACCGAUGAAACCAACGACAAGUUGCUUUGCGGAGCCAGCUCUAUGCAAGGUUGGCGUGUAACCCAAGAGGAUGCUCACAACUGUCUGUUAGACUUUGACACGAAUACUUCAUUUUUUGCCGUGUACGACGGCCACGGAGGCCACGAAGUCGCCAAGUAUUGCUCCGACAAGUUGCCCCAAUUCAUUAAAGAUUGUCAAGCGUACAAAGACGGUGAUAUAUCAAAAGCAUUGAUCGAUGGAUUCCUCGGCUUCGAUGCUACGAUAGCUACAAAAGAUGUCAUUGCCGUUUUAACAGAAAUAGCAGGAGAAAAGAAACCUUCGGAGGAAAGCGACGAGGAAGAAAAUGUAGAUAAUUUAUAUAAAGAGGCGUUUAUGCCUAUUGAGCAAGUAAUAGAAAAAUACAGACACUUUGUCGAUCCGUCGUUAAAGAAUUUAAAAAAAGAAGAUGGCAAGUUGGCUGCAUCACCUAAAACCAAUGAUAACGGAGAGUGUUCUUCUUCGGGGCCGUCUAAUUCCCAAGUAAGUUCAGAAUGUACACCGUCGAGUAGUUCAGAAGAAGCUGCAACACCCCGUAAAGAGACUGCAGAAUUAUCAAAGACAUCAGAAUCGGAAGCCGAUGGAGUUGUUUCGGAGGUUUCAAAAGAAGUAGAGAAAGCCGUAGUGAAAGACGAAACGGUCAUAAGUUCCGAAAAGGCCGAAGGAGUACCGCUUAAUGGAGAAAUCACAGUAACAUCCAGUACAACGGAGGUACAGUCUAGUACUCCCCAGGAAAACGGCGACGUAAGCAAGAAAGGAAAAGGUAAGAAAAUCGCACCAGUCGCAUCUAUUAAAACAAGACCUAAAAGAAAUGCAAUUCAAUUAUACCAAAAUUUAUUAAAUAACGAAGAUAGCGAGGAAGAAAGUGAAGAUGAAGAUGACAAAACUUUCGAAGGUCCAAAUGAGGAUUCAUCCGAUGAUGACGAUGAAGGCGUUAACCAAGCCAUCGAAGUGCAGGAUUCCGAUGAUGAUGCUUCAUCUGGAGAAGAAGAAGAAGAUAUAGAGGAAGAGGAAGACGACGAAGAUGAUUUGGAAUUUGCCAGAAAUAUGAAAGAACAACCUGGAUCUAAUAGCGGAUGCACUGCUGUGGUUGCUUUACUGAAAGGAAAUGAAUUGUAUGUGGCCAAUGCGGGCGACUCUAGGUGUAUAGUAUGCAGGAAGGGCAAAGCGAUUGACAUGAGUAUUGAUCAUAAGCCCGAAGAUGAGUUGGAGAGAGAAAGAAUAGUGAAGGCAGGUGGUAAAGUAACGUAUGAAGGGCGAGUUAACGGGGGACUUAACCUAUCGAGGGCCAUCGGAGAUCAUGCUUACAAACAAAAUAAAGAUCUCUCUGAUAGAGAACAAAUGAUAACUGCCUUGCCAGACAUCAAAACUCUUACGAUUAACCCGGCAGAAGAUGAAUUUUUAGUGUUAGCUUGUGAUGGUAUUUGGAACUUCAUGUCUAGUCAAGAAGUUGUUGAUUUCGUUCGACCGAGGAUAGAAGAAAAUGCCAAAUUGUCGACCAUAUGCGAGGAAAUGUUUGAUCACUGUUUAGCUCCGGAUACCUUGGGCGAUGGUACGGGUUGUGAUAACAUGACCGCCAUAAUAGUCCGGUUCAAAACAAAUAUUUUAAAAAGAUCUGCGUCAUCAGAAGCAAUAGGGAGCUGUGAAGUAAAUGUAAGAAGGGCAAAGACUGAAGAUAACUCGGCAAGUAUGGAAGAACCUAAACCUGUUUAA